AUGCAGCCGUUAUUCUGCGUACCGAAGCCUUAUGGCCUUUUUUUUCGGUCAGUCCGUCCCAGCGAAUACAGUGGCUUCUCGAUAGAUUGCAAGCGCAUACACUUAGCCCGCUUGUCUACCACCAGGAUCCUGGACGUAACAGGGUUUGACAAAGUGUCCGAUGUUAUUGUUGUCGGAUCAGGAGCAGGAGGCCUCACAGCCGCGUUGCGCGCAAAGUAUCAUGGACUGGAGCCGCUGGUCCUUGAGAAGACACCCAAAAUCGGUGGAUCUAGUGCGUACUCUGGCGGCGCGCUCUGGGUUCCAAACAACCAUGUGUCAAAGGCAGCAGGUCUGGAAGAUAGCGCGGAGGAGGGUCUCCGCUAUCUUGAAGCCAUUGUCCCGCCGAACACACCAUCUAGCACCAAGGAAAGAAAGCAGGCAUACAUUGACCAAAGCCCACAGAUGGUCAGGUAUCUGGAAGGUCUGGGGUUCAAGUGGCAUGCUGCAUUAGGCUAUCCUGAUUACCAUUGUCUCGAACCCGGCUCCAAAGCACUUGGUCGUGUAAUCGAAGGCCAGGUCUUCGACCUCAAGAAACUCGGAUCCUGGCGCUCGAUGAUCAGGCUCCCGGGCGACCCGGCUCCUGCGUGUUAUUGUGACGAAACUCCGCAUAUAUAUCGCAUGGGCGCGCAUCUUUACGACUUCUAUAAAUUCAGUGGGAUGAUUGCAAAGAUGUGUCUUCGCAUGCUGAUUGGCCAGAAGCCUGUGACAUUCGGAAAGAGCUUGGUUGGCCAGUUGCUUUAUCUCAACAAGCAGCAUGGGACUGAGAUUUGGCGGGAGACUGGCUUAGUGGACCUUAUAAGCGACAAGGAUGGCAAGGUGAUUGGAACGCUUGUGGAGAGAGACGGGAAGAAAUUGAGGAUCGGAGCCAGGAAAGGGGUCCUUUUGGCAGCAGGGGGUUUUGCCAAAAACUCAGCGAUGCGUGAGCAGUACCAGAAAAGGGCGAUUCAUGCUCAAUGGAGUGUGGCAUCGCCAGGAGACCAAGGCGAUGCUAUCAGGGCUGGUCAGAAGCUCGGGGCUGCAGUGGACUUGAUGGACUCAGCAUGGUGGAUGCCCAUGAUCAUUGUGGGCGAAACACCCAUCUUCGAUCUCACCGUCCGAUCAUUCCCCCAUGCCAUCAUCGUUGACGGCAAGGGCUCCCGCUAUAUGAAUGAAUCUCUUGACUACGAUGACUUUGGUAAGACCAUGAAUAAGCACCACGAAACCACCGCUGCUAUACCCUCCUGGAUCAUCCUCGAUUCAAGGCACCGCAACAAUUACAUGCUGGCUCGCUUCGGCCCGCGCUCCACACCGAAAUGGGCUAUUGAGAAUGGCUUCAUUUACAGAGAUGACACUGUCGGUGGCCUAGCAAAACAGAUAAAUAUCGACCCUACAAGCCUGCAAACUACUGUGGAAAGGUUCAACGGUUUCGCCCUCAAAGGUGUCGACGAGGAUUUUAACCGCGGAAAGAAUGCGUACGAUAACUUCUUCGGCGAUCCAUAUCACAAGCCAAACCCGAAUCUCGGCACUAUCGCAAAAUCCCCCUUUUAUGCCCUCAGAAUCUACCCAGGAGAUCUGGGUACCAAAGGAGGUCUUCUGACGGACGAGUUCGCACGUGUCUUGAGGGAAGAUGGCAACCCUAUUCCAGGACUUUAUGCAGCAGGAAAUACCACGGCAAGCGUUAUGGGGAGGAGAUAUGCAGGUCCAGGUGCAACAUUGGGGCCUGCAAUCACAUUUUCGUACAUUGCGAUGGACAAUAUUGCGCAACGGACUCAAGAUUAA